AUGGUAUCUGGUCUACAUUUACUCAAUUUUAUUCUUCCUUUCUUAUUAUUAACUUUACUCAAUGUUAAUGGUGAAAGAGCAAAAAUUACCGACUCUAAUGGUAAUGAAUUAGAACCACUUGAAAAUUACUUGGAUGAUUGUAGUUCUGGAAAAAAAUAUGGUCUUGUUGAUGGAAUGCUUGAAGAAUGUAGUAGAUGGAAGAUUGAAGCUGGUAAUGGUUUUAGAAAUCCUGAAGAUGAUGCUUAUGAACAAAUGAAAUGUAAAAAAUUAAGAAUUCAUGGUGAGAUGAGAGAUGGAAAAUGUGAAUGUAUAAAUAAAUGGACUGGAAGUGUAUGUCAUAUUUAUAAAGGAUGUCCAGAAGGACAAUCACUUUUUAAAGGAGCUUGUACAUCAAAUAUUUGUCAAAAUGAUGGUAUUCUUGCAAUUGGAUCAACACAUUUAGAAUGUAGAUGUCCAGCACCAUGGCAAGGUAGAUAUUGUGAACAUCUUGCCUGUUGGAGAAAUACAGAUAAAGCUGAACAUGAUAAAAGAUUUAAAAAUGCUAAAACAAAAUGUGAAUGUGGAAGUCAUUAUACUGGAGAAAAUUGUGAUCAAAUAAUUUCAUGUGAAAAAGGAAAUCUUACUAAUGGUGUUUGUGAAUGUCCAAAAGGUUAUUAUGGUGAAAUUUGUCAUAUUAAAUGUCCACACAAUGCAGAAACUUGUUCUGCAAGUACAUUUGGUUAUAUUACACCUAUAAUUACUUUUCUUUUUGCAUCAAUUUUGGCUUAUAUUUUGAAUUAA